CAAAUCUUUUUCGGUUCAGCCAGUGUUUGGUCGGAUAGCGAUCAUCAGUAUGGCUUGCUCGAACUCUGUACAGAUUCUCGGAUUUCUAAUGCUUUUUGCAAUUCUUCUGCAAACCAUAGCUGUGGCUGUUACUUUCAUAUACUUCACCAAUGCAUUAACUACGUUGAAGGAAACAUUUUCCAAGAGCAGUAUUUCCUGCCUAGGGAAAUCCAACUUCAACUCCUGGGAGUUGUUGGGAGACAUCGAAGUAGAGAACGAGGACGACCCCUGCUGGCAGGUCACGCAACAGCUCCACCUUUUAAUAGAAAAGACCAUGUCAAAUCGCUAUCAGAAGGAAAUAUCAUCUGCUGUAAAAGAUGAAGUGUCCCAAGUUAUUCCAUCCCUCACCACUGAAAUCCAAGGAUCUCCACGCCCUGAGAUAGCAGCUCACCUCACUGGGAACUUCAUGAGCAAUGCACAAAAAGAAGGAAGUGCAAUGAUCAGGAGAGUCAAAGGUCAAAAGAUUCAGACGUGGGAAUCUAGGAAAGGCUUGGCAUUCCUGCACAAUCUGGAGUUCAAGAACGGCGAGCUGAUCGUUCCUAGAACUGGACUGUACCACAUCUACUCCCAGACCUAUUUCCGACACACAGCACCCUCUGAUGGCUCUGAAGUGUCUCAGAGAUCUGUAAGGAACAAACAGAUGCUGCAGUACAUUUACAAAGUAUCCUCUUAUCCCGACCCCAUACUCUUAAUGAAAAAUGCAAGGACAACAUGCUGGUCCAAAAACACAGAGUACGGGCUGUAUUCAAUCUACCAAGCUGGAGUGUUUGAACUGAAAGCUAAUGACAGAGUUUUUGUCACAGUCAGUAACAUCAGUGUAGUAGACAUGGACGAAGAGUCGAGUUUCUUUGGGGCCUUUUUGGUCAGCUAAAGGAAAUGAAUAUAGGGUAGGGGUCUCGACUCUUACUACAUUUCUAUAUCUCAUACCCCAUUUACUGGGGUGUGCUGUCAAUACCUGCAAACACUUGAAGAAGAGUUUGUGAGGGCACCAGUCUGCAGAGCUACCUUUGUGCUAGAGUCGAGCGUUCUCUACGCAGGCAAGAUUAACCCAGCUGUGCAAAGAAGCCUCAGGGCUCUGUCGCACACAGCAAAGGGUGGCUCAGGGCUGGUCUUGGUGGUUUUCCUGCCCGGAAAUAGAAAGACGUAGAAAGCUAAUACAGGUCCUACCUAACAUGUAUGGGUCUGUUAAAAGUCUAGUCAGGAUAGGGUUACCAUAUGACUCCAUGCACACUAAGACAGUUUGGGAGAGUUCAGGCUUUUCAACUCUCAGUGCAUUCUAGUACGUUUUAUCUGUCUCGGGUACCUUUCAAAGUAGGACUACGCUUACCAAAAUGCAUUGGGGUGUGAGUUGAACUGAACUGCCCAAACUGCUCAAGUGUACAUGGAGUCAUAUGGUAGCCCUAGUCCAGGGUUAACCCAGCUCCAUAAUUGCUAAUGUUCAUAUGAGUUGGAAGAAAGAGAAAACUGGCUUAGAUUCCUAUACUAGGAAUUCUAGUCUGACGGAGUGUAAUGAACUAAUGUUAACACUACAUUCUCUUUUUUAUGAGAGCGAUUGAAUCGAAUAUAUUCAGUAUUAGCAAAAUAGUGGGUUUAAUCCUACGUGCUGCACUUUCUGUAUAUUUUUAUAUACUUUGUAUUGUAUAUAUUUUGUAUAUUAGGAUGUCAAAAACUGUUAUUGUUGUCUUACUGGCACAUGGAGUAGCGAUGUUAGCAAUGGUAAGUCGAAGUGAAUGCUUACGGGGUAACUUAACCCAUUAAGUACCAAAUAUAUUUUUAUUUGAUAAAAUCAGAACGCAAGCUGUAUUUAUGUCAUUUGAUACAUUGCAUUCAGACCCAAUAAAAUUAGAGUAAGUUACCAUAACAAUAUAGUUAGAGGAAAUUAAAAUAACAGGUAGAUGCCAGUUAAAAAUGCUCCAAACAAUUAAAGGUUAAAGGUUUUCUAAAUCUUCUCAAUUAAAAGUCAAUAAAAUAAAAAUAUAUAAACAGUU